ACAGUCAGUCAAAAUCAGUCAAAGUGACAAUUUUUGUUUUCAUUUCGUCGAAUUCGUUGAUUUUCAUUCGUAAUUUCUUAGGUAUUCUAUUAAUGUUCGUUUCGCUCUUGGAAGAUUCUUCUUUUCUGUUUAUUGUAUUGCACAGUGUAAAUAAAAUUGUAGAUAAGAUAAAGUUGUUAAGAAAAUUUGUGUAAUGAUAAAACAUUACAAUGGCGUAAGAGCAAUUUAAACAAGUUAUUUUAUUGUUAGUUUUGUUUUUUGUCAAAAUGGAACAUUUUGGUCUCUCCCAUAUUUUAUAUCAGCCAGACAAAUAUACUCCUGAUACUUUGAAUUUGGUCGCUGAUGAAGAAGCGAGGGAAUAUUGGUUAAAUACCUGUGAAAAACUCGUAGAAAAAUAUGUGAAUUUUGCGCUUACCAACAAUGAAGAUCCCACCGUAGAAAUAAGAGCCCUGAAAUUUAAAACGUGCUACGUAGAAGCCCUUAAAGAGCUUAAAAUAAAUCCUCUUGCUCAUGGACAGCUGACAAUACGAUUACUUCUUGACAUCAACGAAACAUGCCUUCGUUCUCAGGGAUUCUUUGAUUUGUGGAAACAACAGAAGAAAUAUGAAAAUGAAGGAGCCCUUGCUGCACUCAGCUCCCGUUUGGCUGAAAUUGAUGCAUUACCUGACAAUAGACAAAGAUGGAUUGAGCUUGGCAAGGGUGUUUUAGCAGGCAAUAUGUUUGAUUGGGGUGCCCAAGCAGUAACUGAUAUAUUGGAUUGUGGACUCUAUGAAGCACUACAGAAAAUUCAAAAACGACCAUGGCUAUAUGAUGGUUUAGAUAAAUGGCUUGAUAAAUUAGAGAAAACUGUGCAUCAUUGUGCAGCCGUGUUUGUGGAUAAUAGUGGUGUUGAUAUAGUAUUGGGCAUUUUGCCAUUUGUGAGAGCUUUAUUACUUAGAGGAACAUCUGUAAUGUUAUGUGCUAAUGAGUGGCCAGCAUUAAAUGAUGUCACAUAUAUGGAGUUGGAAGAAAUUUUACAACGUGCUUCCUUAUUAUGCCCUGUUUUGUCUGCUGCAUUGGCCACCGGAGACUUAGUUGUUAGAUCCAGUGGACAAAGAGGACCAUGCCUGGACCUUCGGACUAUUGGUGUUGGUCUCUGUACUGAAAUGAAGGUGCGUGGUGUGGAUCUAAUAAUUUUAGAAGGCAUGGGGAGAGCAUUACAUACAAACUUGAAUGCCCGUCUAGCAGUAGAUUCACUGAAAUUGGCAGUAGUGAAGAAUGCGUGGUUAGCUCAGCGUCUUGGUGGUCCAUUAUUCUCUGUUAUUUUUAUUUAUGAAGAUAAACCUACCGAAACAUAACAGACUCACAUUUAAAUGUUAUAUAUUUUUAAUAAACAAAAUAUGAUUAUCUCAGUAUUCAUAUAGAAUAAGCCAUCAUUUGUGAACAUCCAUAUAUGUUGUAUAUAUAUCUCCAAGGUGUUCAUAUUUUUGAAUGCCAAUUUGUUUUUUAGUGAUUUCUGAAUUAUAUUGAGUGUUACCUUGA